UUUUCAAAUGUGCGUGUGCGUCUUACCGCGCCACGCACCAAGAUUAAUUCUGAUCGGAUCAUUUCCAAAAACGUCCCUCACUCACAUUUUCGUCUCGUUUUUAUUAGUUAACGAAAAUGUCAAUAUAUUUUUAUUAUAGUUUUCGUCAUCAUCACUUAAUUUUUAUUUAGUUAUCGUCUCGUUUUCGUCAGUGAAAAUUUUUCGUUGACAAAUUAUAACGAAAAUAUUUCGUCAACGAAAUUAUCACUGACUGCAACCUUCAUGUAAUAGAAGAAUGGAAUGUACAUCUCAAAUGGCAAAAUUAGUUUUAGGGCAUUAUAAAUAAAUACCUUUAACCUAAGUAUUAAUGUCUCUCAACAGGAUUCACUUAAUCUACUUCCUCAGAGAUGCCAUUCCAGUGCUACUGAAACUUCUCUUGAUAAUGGUAAAAAUGAUGAAAUCCUCUCUGAAUUGAAAGAGAUUAAAAAAAUACUCCUCCACUUACAAGCACAAAUGGAUGCUAUUCAAAGAAACUCUGCAAACAAAGGCCCUGGUACCAGUGUAGCCUUCCCUGAGGCAGAACAGGAGCCCAAUAAAAUUCCACCAGAUUUCAGCAAAAUAGGCUCACAGAGGGAAUGGGUAAACAUUGGUCCAAAUACUAAAACAACAACGCACCAGUUUGCACAUAUUAAAUGGGGGGACCCCAAAAAGGCCACAAGGGAGCUGUGCACUGCAGUCUUUGGAAGGCAUGUACUUGCAACCCAUAGUAUGACUGGUAAAACAUCUAAUACAUUCAAAGACAAAGAGGCAAAGUCACAAUUGGACCCUCGCAAAGUUUCUGACAUUAUUGCAUACAUGACUGCCAAAUCUGGUUUGGACAAGAAUGAAGUUAAGAAGAUGAUUGCCCGGAAGUGUGCAGAUGAAGAUAAGAUGAGCAGAAGAAAUUUAAGAGUGUGACCUCUGUGUUACAUGAAGGUGAAGUAGUUUUUUUUCACUCCUACUUGUUUCUGCAAUCUACUGUUUCACAUGCCUCCAAAUGAAUGGAAGUAAAACUGGAUACCUGCUUAAAAUGAGUAAAGGCACCACAUAAGUGCUACAAUCUAUAGUGUUCAUUUGAUCAAUUCAGUUGAAUGAAGCAUGUUGGAAAAAAAUUCUGAAUUGACUGUGCAGUAAUGUACUCGGCGACGCUUAACAGGUGCAGGUAGAGAUGUAUUGUUCCUUGAAGGUGAGCUUGCUUCUUGUAAACUAAUCUUUCUUUCUGUCUCUGUCCCCAUUUAUUUUUGUGUGUCAUACCACCCUCCCCCACCCCUGCUUACAUGGAUUUUUCUUAUUUUGGAUGGACUAAUUAAUUCAGCACUAUCAUAUGUAAUGUUUUUGACAAUUGUUGUAUUGAGUUUAAUAAAUUAAAAUGAAAUUA